GGUCACUCUGGUAAUAAUCGCAUCUUUAAUUUUAAUAGUUUGUUUGUUAUUAGUUUUGAUGUCUGUAUUAAAUGGAAAGACCUCACUCAGCGAGCGGUCGCUCAACAGUUCAGCAUCCAGAGAUCAGAUUUAUCCCGUGACGUUUAAGGUAUUUAAGAGGCUAAUAGCUAACCUGCCGAAAAUCACAACCGCCCUACGAUCCGCCGAUGGAAACCACAAAACCGAAGACGAGUGGGGACGUUGGUACUAUGAAGCUUUUUACAGGGAUCCAAGUAUUCGAGAAAAGUAUCACUUCGAGGUGGCUCCUUGUCCUCAUCGCAUCCGAGAAAAGUUGCUCAAGGUUCCUGACCCUGAAGUGAUCAUAAAUGCGGUCGAACAGCAAGAGAUUAUCCAGCCAAUAUCAGAACAAGUAGUUAUGGAUUCGGUCAAUGCUAAAAGCGAAGCGUAUGAGUUGCCAGGAAACCUAAAACUAGCAUCUGAAGAUCAGAUAGUUAAAGUAAACAAGCUUGGAACCUUUGUUUUUCCGGUGUCCUUUCGAACUUUUGAAAGCCACCUGAACAAAUUAGUGGUGUUCCGCAAAAUCAUCAAGAACAGAGAUCAUGGUCUAAUGCUGUUGGCCAAUUACGAGUAUUGUCGUAGUACCUUAAGAAACUUUUAUAACCGCUACUACAUGUUCCCACGAUUUCGUGGCAAGACUAACUAUUUCAAAGAACUUCCAGCGACUCCUUUGGCCAAGUUGCUGGAAUUUGGAAGACCUUAUGAUGAUAUAGCGGCCAAAACUGUGCGAAAUCAUGAGUUAAUUUCCCAAAAAUGCCAGUCCUUACAAGAUUCAAAAAAUAUUCCCCUCAAGAUGUUUAAACAUCCAGAUCCAGACAUGGUAAUAGAUUUAACAGAACCCCAUAAUGAGACAGCCAACCAAGUUUCGGAAGUAUCAAAAAACGAUAAAGACCUACUCAGAAAUGAUUUGCUAUGUAGGCCACCCGUUUCUUUAAAAAUGUUUAAAAGUCAUGUUAGCAAUCUCAAGGAAAUUGUUAACCAAAUGCUGCAAUGCGUUGAGUACAAAGAAAAAUCUGAGGAGGCAUGUAUUCAGGAGUAUUACCAAGGUUUCUAUUUUCGACCUGGAAUGCGGGAGAAGUUUGUUCCUCGGUUUAAAGCAUGCCCCGCCAAGUUGCGGGAAAAAUUGCUUAGCUUUCCACCAAAAAUUGAGGAGCAAUGUCCAAAGGAAGCUGAUUGCCAAGAGAAUCGCCACUCGGGGAAUGAAUUUGCGAAAACUAAUAAAGAAGGUCCACCCCAGGAAAGUGCACAAAUCCAAGAGGUUGUUUCCAGUAACACAACGAAUACCUUAAGAUCUGGAAAGUACUACGACGAUACCUUAAUUUGUAUAUCAAAUAAUCAUUAUCAGUUUCCCGUAUCGUUCCGGACUUUUAAGCUUUAUGUUAACAGCGAGGAGUUGAUAGAUCAACUUGUCAACGACUCAUUUGGAAAGAGAUAUAAUGCAGAGCAACUAGCCGAGAUUCGUAAAGAUAACGUCAGAUGUGUUCGCCUACUUCACAGGUUUUUCCACUCUUUUUACGUUAAAAAGGAUAUCAGAAAUCGUUUCAAAAUUAACUUUAAUGCUGCGCCUUCUGAGAUGUCCCAAAAAUUACAAGAAUGGGCGGUGCUUAUUUCUCAUUCGGAAGAUCAAAAACAGGCACAGUGCAUUCAAAUAUCUAAACCUGAAUCAAAAGGGCAAACACCAGAUGAACCCAAGAAAGGAAAUCAAUUGCCGAACGAGUCUUAUGAAGCACGGAAAUUGGAAUUAGCUUCAAAGACAAAGAUUGAUGUAGUGCAAUACAUUCCCGAUUGCUUAAAUGUAUAUUUAUGUUCUGAUUGCAAAAGCCCACAAGAGAGCGUAAUUCGUGAAAAAGAAUUUAUGGAAUUCCUCUUAACUCAAGAUCAUCGGGUACAACAAGUUGAAACCCCAGCAACUUCACGUUCAAAUGAUGUUGAAAUAGACAGCAUAGUUCGUUUCAAGACACCAACAACCGAAGAGCUUGAAAAUCCUUUGGAACAGCAUGAGUUGCAAGAAAGUUCUAAGAGAGACGAAGUUACAAAAUCCGUCUUAAAAAGUCUGCCUCAAACGUCCAGUAUUUCAGAAUGUUCCCCGAACUGUUCAGGAAGCUCGUCAGAAUGGAAUACAGAAACAGCGAAAUCAACAUCUUUACAACAUGACGGUCUAAAAUUAGAGAAGCAAAUACUCCUAGAGAAAGCAAAGGAGCAAACAAUUCUAUUGGAUGUCAGUCAAAAUCAAGAAAUAAUCCCUAUCUCCUCGAGUGGAGACGCCGUUCAUCUGGAAUAUAGUGGCACAAAUACCCAUCCUAUUGAGUCCACUCUAGUCAACGUGACAACUGGUAGCCAAGCUUCCCAAUCGACAGUAAUUGCAGGUGAUCCACCAAUCGCAGAUGUGUGCCAAUCACUAAAAGAGCCAAUGUCCUUAAACAUGAUGACAAUUAAGCAGGAACCCAUUAAAUUCCUCAACAACGAACGUUGCGUUUGCUACACUGAUGAUUGUCAAUGGGAAAAAAUUGACUCGGAGGAGCAAAUAAUAGACUUGACUCGCAGCCAAAAAGAGGAAGCGAGUUUGCUCUGCUUUUGCAUUUCGAAAUUAAAAGAACAAAUGCCUGAUAAGGCGGGUAAUUUGCUGCUUGAAGAUACCUUGUUAAAAAACAAUGAAAACGCGGAUGAGGACGUGGCUGAAGCCACUCAGGAAAUGGAUACCGAUGAUAUUCCAUGUACGUCAAAAACGAAACGAAAAGGGGAAUCAACCGGCGAGGCAGCGCCGAUUAAACGAAUAAGACUGGUAAACGAACAGGUGCCACAGGUGAGGCAUGAACUACCGCUGAAAUCGAUGGUGCGGAUAGAGCCUAAGGGGGCUGAACAUGUUGAUCCAUCCGACAAUAGUUCACCUCAGCCAUUAGCACCCAACAUCACUCCCUCGCAGGAUUUUGCUACCGGAAACACACUCUUGGAAUCCACCCAGCUACACAUUCUCCUAGAUUCCACCAAUAUCAACACUCCCAAGGUAAUUGAAAAAGAAGUUAACAGUGCUUCUGUUGGGGCUUGUGAUCAAGCCCCCUCUUCGCUACACAGCACUGUUAUAUUUCUUGAGCUGGAGCGAUUCAGCUUUUUUAAAUCGCUUACCGUUCCACAAAUAAUCAAGAACCGCAUUGAAGGUCACCUAGAGGGUGCUUGCUAUCAGGAGGCGUUGGCCAAGAUUGACGGAAGGCGAAGUUUUCUGCGAGGUCCUCUGCUGCAAAGUCUUUUUCCCCACUUGUCACCCACGUUGCGAUCUGAUUUGGAGCACUUGCUGUGCAACAUGGAGGAGUUCUCCUACAAACGCAUCUGGAAAGCUCAUAAAGAUUCCAUCCUCGAUCUCCGCACACGAGUUUUAUUUGUUUUUAUGGAUGUGGCUCCGAAGUUCGGACCAUUUCACGUAAUGUUUGAUAAUAAAACGAAAGAGUGGGCUACCUGUAGUGAAAUAGGUAGAUGGGAAGUUGAGGAGGCAGUGAAUCAGCGGAACCACUGCAAUGUAACCGACUUUAUCAACCCUUGCAUUUUAAAGCGAAUUAAGGAAUUAAAGGAGAUAAUGGGUUGAUCUCAAAUCGGGUAUUUAAAAUCAAUAAAUAUCAAGUAGGUUACUCUAAAACGGUUGGUCCUUUUUAUCUUUUCAGUGACGAGCUUAGAUCUGGAUACAUUAAAGAUACUGUGUUAUUGAAAAUUUAAUCACCGAAAUAUGAAAUAUGUUUAUUUUCAAUUUGUAAUUUUCUAGGAAAGUGGAUUAAAAAAUAUUUAACAUAAAAAUGACAUAAAAAAUGUCUCUCAGUUUUAAAAGUAUCUUGCUGAAACUUUAGCAUACUGCGUGCUAAAUAAGUCAGUCAGCCAAAAACGGACGACUAUGUAACAUAGAUUCCAUAAGUAAUAGUCGAAAAUAUGAA